UAUAUAUAUGCCUUAACAUAUGCAUAUAUUGACCUGUAUUUUGAUAGAAAGAUUGGAAGAUCAUCAUGUCUCAUAUAGCGGUGGAGAGAAAUCGGAGAAGGCAGAUGAAUGACCACCUCAAGGUCUUGCGAUCUAUGACACCAUGCUUCUACAUCAAAAGGGGUGAUCAGGCAUCAAUUAUAGGUGGUGUAAUAGAAUUCAUCAAGGAAAUGCAACUAGUUUUAGAGUUGUUGGAAUCGAAGAAAAGGCGUAGGAGCAUAAGUCCUAGCCCCGGUCCAAGCCCAAAGCCCGUAUUGGGACCGAGCACCCCACAGUCGGAACACUCUAUAAUUCUACAUGAAAGUAUAAAAGAACUGGGAGCAUCAUGUAACUCGCCAGUCGCGGACGUGGAAGCAAAGAUCUCGGGUUCAAACGUUGUUCUAAGGACCGUAUCACGUAGAAUUCCUGGGCAAGUUGUGAAGAUAAUAAGUUUGUUGGAAAAUCUUUCUCUUGAGAUCCUGCAUCUGAAUAUCAGCAGCAUGGAGGACACUGUCCUUUACUCCUUUGUUAUUAAGAUAGGACUAGAGUGUCAACUUAGUGUUGAAGAACUUGCAAUUGAAGUGCAGAAGAGCUUCUCUUAAUUAAUCACAAUUAGUUCCAUCUAUAUAUGUAAGCUUGUUGGAGAUUGGACUUAAAUCAUAAGUGCUAAAUAACACAAGUGUCAUAUAUAUGUGUUUUGCUUCUUAGAUCGAUAGAUAUAUAGCUAUUAAUUAA